UACAGGGGAUGACCAGAGACUGCGGACACAGUACAGGAGAUGACCAGAGACUGCGGACACAGUACAGGAGAUGACCAGAGACUGCGGACACAGUACAGGAGAUGACCAGAGACUGCGGACACAGUACAGGAGAUGACCAGAGACUGCGGACACAGUACAGGAGAUGGCCAGAGACUGCGGACACAGUACAGGAGAUGGCCAGAGACUGCGGACACCGUACAGGGGAUGGCCAGAGACUGCGGACACCGUACAGGGGAUGACCAGAGACUGUGGACAGGGGAUGACCAGAGACUGCGGACACAGCACAGG